CGAAAUUCUGACAUGGAUCCUUUCUGGGAAGGGAAAUUUUACCUUUAUUGCUGGCUAUUUUCUCCGUUCCCGAAAUGUGAGGAGCGGGACCGUGUCCAAAGGCCAGUUUGUGGUAUGAACUUUUGAGAGUCUGAAGUCUGUAUCUCUCCAGAGAACUACCUGAGCCUAGCAAACCAGAGUGAAGGAUAGUAUACUGGGAAGCUGCACCCUUGCAGAUUUUUUGACUACAACACUGGAAAACCAUCAUGCCAGAAAAUCCUGCAGCAGAUAAACUACAGGUGCUGCAGAUGCUGGAGCGUCUGCAAAGAAAACUGCAUGAGAAUGGAGACACUUCACAGUCUGAGAAACUGACUGUUUUGUACAACACACUCAGGAGCCCCUUAUUCAAUCAGAUUCUGACUCUUCAGCAGUCAAUCAAGCAACUGAAGGAACAACUCAGUUAUAUGCCUCCAGAUCGUUCUGUGGAUUUUGACUUUACUAGGAAAGGUUUGUUGGUGUUUGAGGCUGACGACCACUCUCUUGAUAAUGGUAACCUAUAUGUGACUUACAACAAUAAAAAUUUACCAGUAUCCAAGAUGCCUCCUCUGAUGCCAAAAUUUGCAGUGGAUGAGUUUAAUUUAGCAAUCCAAAGGAUGGCCAAGGGGCGGCAAAUAGAAUAUAUAGAUAUUGAGAAGCCAUUUAGUGGAGGUCUUGGAUUUAGUGUGAUUGCCCUUAAAAAUCAAAGCACUGGAGAAAUUGGUAUCUUCGUCAAAGAAGUUCAACCAGGAAGCAUAGCAGCCAGGGAUCAAAGGUUGAAGGAAAAUGACCACAUACUGGCCAUUAAUCAUACUCCACUGGAUCAGAACAUAUCCCAUCAACAGGCGAUUAUGUUGCUCCAACAGUCCACGGGUUCCUUACAUUUGGUUGUGGCCAGGGAGCCAACACAAAGAAGCAGUAGGACCUCAUCUACCUUCAGUGACAAUAAUUUACCUGAAAUGAUCAACUGGAGUCAUAUUGAAGAUGUUGAACUUGUUAAUGAUGGCUCGGGAUUAGGUUUCGGAAUCGUAGGUGGGAAAUCAAUUGGUGUAGUGGUACGGACGAUUGUUCCUGGAGGACUGGCAGACAAGGAUGGGCGGCUCAGAACUGGCGACCACAUCUUGGAAAUUGGAGGCACUAAUGUACAAGGAAUGAGCAGUGAGCAGGUUGCUCAAGUGUUGAGGAACUGUGGGAACUAUGUUAGGAUGGUUGUUGCAAGAGAUCCAGUGUGUGAAAUAACUGUGACGCCACCAACCCCUUUGGCCCAGCCUGUUAGUAUAUUGCCUCCUUUUCAAGACAAAGGUUUUGAAACAGAAAAUGAAAUUCAGGAAGUUCAGCUGAUAAAAAAGGAUGGACAAAGCCUGGGAAUAACAAUUGUUGGGUAUACACGAGUUUCUGAAAAAGUGGAAUCUUCUGGGAUUUUUGUAAAAAAUAUCAUACCUGGCAGUGCUGCAGAACAUAGUGGUCAAAUAAAAGUCCAUGACAAAAUUAUUGCUGUUGAUGGGGUUAACAUUCAGAAUUAUACUAACCAAGAAGUUGUGGAGACACUGCGUAACACAGGACCAAGUGUUCACCUUACACUGCUUCGAAAGAAACAGAGUUAUGCUGACUUCCCUUCAGAAAGAGGCUUAAACAGAGGACAGGUAAAUGUGCCAACCAUAUUUCUGUCUGGAGUUGUGGAAACUGAAACUAACUUAGAUAGUGAAAAUGAGGAAGCUGAAGAACAAAGGGAUAAUUCUGAAAAUGAAAAUCAGCAGAUACAACAUACAGUGGGUGAAAUCCCAGAAUCACUAGAAGACAAAUUGAAAUCUAAGUGGCAAAAAGUGUUGGGACUUGACUUUGAAGUUAUGGUUUCCACCAUGGACAUGCCAAUUGCAGAUGAUACUGAGCUACAAAAAUAUUCAAAGCUGCUACCUAUUCACACAUUGAGGUUAGGCGUUGAACUUGAUACGUAUGAAGGACAUCAUUACAUAUCGUCAUUUGCUGCAGAUGGUCCAAUUGCUAAGCUUGGUUUGCUGCAGUUGGAGGACGAACUUUUAGAGGUAAAUGGUGUUCAGCUGUAUGGGAAAUCCCGCCGUGAAGCAGUUUCUUUUCUUAGAGAAGUGCCACCUCCGUUUACUUUGGUUUGUUGUCGACGCCUGUUUGAUGAUGGCACAGAGUCCUUUGUGGAUGAACCUGCUGCCAUUACUACUUGCUCACCAGAACCUACGAUGAAGCCUAAAGAUUUUGGCACAGAGGAGGAAGAAGAGGAGGAUGCAGAGCUUGCAGUAUGGUCUUCUGAAAUCAAAGUUAUUGAUCUUGUGAAAGACACUAAAAUGGGCUUAGGCUUCAGCAUAUUGGACUAUCAGGAUCCCUUAGAUCCAACACAGACAGCAAUUGUGAUCAGCUCACUGGUACCAAAUGGAGUGGCUGAGCGUAGGGGUGAACUUUUCCCUGGUGACCGUCUGGUCUUUGUAAAUGAAAAAAGUUUGCACAGUACUACUCUUCCAGAGGCUGUAGAAGUGCUGAAAUCUGCACCUCUGGGAAAUGUUCGCCUUGGAAUCUGUAAACCUUUGGUGGGAGAAAAUAGACAGUGUGCGACUUCUUGUAUUAUGGAUCCAAAGAGUAUUGCCAGAAAUUCUGCAUCUCCAACACCAAUCAAUAAUACUGAAUCAUCAAUACUCCUUGAAGCUCCAAAGGACUUCAGAGAUGUAUCUUUCUCUAAAGAAGAACUUGUUGAUGAACCGGAAGAAUUGUCUUUGGGGAGAGAAUUUCAACUUUCUCAACACAAGACAGAUGUUGAUAAGGAGGCAUGGGAAAUGCAUGAGUUUUUGAAGCCGCCAGUAAAGGAUCUUGGUGAAGAGCAAGAGAUGCUGGUGGAUGAAGAGUAUUACGCAGACCAGGAUUAUUACAGUUGUGUGCCAUCAGAUGUAAAAGAGCAUGCCCCAUCUACUGAGUUGAUCUUUGGUACUACAGGCCAAUGGGCAAAGGAACUAGAACUUACUAACAUGCCAGAAUUGAGUCACCUGAUGGAUAUUAGAGCAGAAAAAGCACACCAUUGCAUAUCCAGUAAAGAUAAAAGGCCUGGAGAAAACACAAAUAAUAGUUCAUUAUCCCCUGGAGCCUCAGCAAAAUACAACCAACCUAACAGUAUGCUGGAUAGUCAGGAAAUGAAUACUGCAAUGCAGAGUGACCAUAAAGAUCCUGUAUGCAUCAACAAUGAUCUUGAAGUCACUGAAAAAAGUAAACUGAAGGCUGAAGACUGUGACUUUUCUAGCAGCCAAGAUUCUGCUCUGUCUAGAGGACUGUCUAGUGAAUUGCCUGAGAGAGAAGAGGGAGAAGGGGAAGAAACGCCAGCAUUCAGCCACUGGGGACCACCCCAAACUGUUGAAAUUUUCCGAGACCCUCAUGUGCCCCUUGGCAUAAGUAUUGUCGGAGGACAUACAGUUAUAAAGCGUCUAAAGAAUGGAGAACAGCUUAAAGGUAUAUUUAUCAAGCAAGUCUUGGAAGACAGCCCAGCAGGAAGAACAAAAGCUCUCAAAACUGGUGAUAAAAUACUUGAAGUGUCUGGAAUAGAUCUACAAAAUGCUACUCAUGAGGAAGCAGUGGAAGCUAUCAAAAAUGCAGGCAAUCCCAUUUCAUUUGUUGUUCAGAGUUUGUCUACUCUUCCUAGGAUUGUUUCUAUAAUAAACUCCAAGAAAAAUAAAGAUCACAGCGAUCAAGACAUAAUUGAAGAAACUGAUAAGAAGAAAAGUGGAGCACCACCCCCCAUGAAAUUACCUCCUCCUUACAAAGGACCAAAAAAGUCCAGCUCUGAUGAGACAGAAGAGGAAGAAGAGGACUUUUAUACAGAGGAGAAAAUCAGGCAAAGAUAUGCAGAACUUCCAGGGGAGUUGCACAUUAUUGAGCUUGAGAAGGAUAAGAAUGGUCUUGGACUCAGUCUUGCUGGCAAUAAGGACAGGUCUCGCAUGAGCAUCUUUGUUGUGGGCAUCAGUCCAGAUGGCCCUGCAGGGAAAGAUGGAAGAAUGCAUAUUGGAGAUGAACUUUUAGAGAUAAACAACCAGAUCUUGUAUGGGAGAAGUCAUCAAAAUGCUUCUGCGAUAAUUAAGACUGCCCCACCAAAUGUCAAACUGGUAUUCAUACGCAAUGAAGAUGCAUUUAACCAGAUGGCUGUUGCUCCUUUCCCAUUACCCUCUAGCUCUCAGUCUUCAAUUGAAGAUCACAGUACCACUGAAUCUGCAAGUGGUGAAGAAGAUACCAAUUUGGACUAUCCCAUGAAAGGCUCAACAGAUGAUGUGUACACUAAACUAAAUGUUGGUAACAAGACUGAAAAAGAGAUGAUGGAGAAUCAGCAGGUUCUGUCAGAACAACCAGAAAAUUUCCGUAACCAGUUAAAGCUAUCCAAAUCUUCAGCAGUAAUCCCCAUCAGUUUACAUGAGAUAUCUUUGACACCCACAUCGUUUUCUCCAGAGACAGAAUUCAGCAGCCAAAGCAGCUUUCCAUCUCCUUUGGUAGUACUGGAUCCUGCGACAUGCCCAAUAGUUCCUGGGCGAGAAAUGACUAUAGAAAUAUCUAAGGGACGAUCAGGCCUUGGCCUCAGCAUCGUAGGAGGGAAAGAUACACCACUUGAUGCUAUUGUUAUCCAUGAAGUUUAUGAGGAAGGGGCAGCUGCUAGAGAUGGCCGACUUUGGGCUGGUGAUCAAAUUCUGGAGGUUAAUGGCAUUGACUUGAGGAACGCUAGUCACGAAGAAGCUAUCACAGCCUUGAGACAGACUCCUCAGAAAGUGCAGCUCAUUGUUUACAGAGAUGAAGCUCAUUAUAAAGAUGAAGAGAAUUUGGAGAUUUUCCAUGUAGAACUACAAAGAAAAAUGGGUAGAGGAUUAGGACUAAGCAUUGUUGGGAAACGAAAUGGAAGUGGAGUAUUUAUCUCUGAUAUCGUCAAAGGAGGAGCUGCAGACCUUGAUGGGAGACUAAUUCAAGGAGACCAGAUUUUGUCUGUCAAUGGGGAGGAUGUAAGACAUGCCUCACAAGAGGUUGUUGCCACUAUUCUCAAGUGCGUUCAGGGGCUUGUGCAGCUAGAGAUUGGACGACUGAGAGCUGGGUCUUGGCUGUCAUCACGGAAAACAUCUCAAAACAGCCAGAUAGGCCAACACACCAUUCAUGGUCACUUUCACCCUACAUUUGCUCCAGUUAUCUCCACCUUACAGAAUUUUAUCAGUGCUAAAAGAUCAUCUGCUGAUUCCUCUCAUAGAAACUCAGUUGAGAUAGAUAUGGGUCCAAGGACUGUCGAGAUUACAAGGGGGCCGAAUGAUGCACUUGGUAUCAGUAUAGCUGGUGGCAAAGGGAGCCCAUUGGGAGACAUUCCAAUCUUUAUUGCCAUGAUCCAAGCCAGUGGAGUAGCAGCACGAACACACAAGCUCAAAGUUGGAGAUCGGAUUGUCAGUAUUAAUGGGCAGCCUUUGGAUGGGCUGUCUCAUGCUGAUGCAGUUAAUCUACUGAAGAAUGCUUAUGGGAGUAUUAUCCUGCAGGUUGUAGCUGAUACCAACAUCAGUGCCAUAGCCAACCAGCUAGAGAGCAUGACCGCUGGCACCAAUCUUAGACCACCUACUGAACACCAUUCUGAAGAUCUAGAAGCACCUCAACCUAAAAUAAUUGUGUUGGAGAAAGGCUCAGAUGGAUUGGGAUUUAGUAUUGUAGGAGGCUACGGAAGCCCCCAUGGAGACCUCCCCAUUUAUGUCAAGACCAUUUUUGCAAAGGGAGCAGCUGCAGAUGAUGGCAGAUUGAAGCGUGGUGAUCAGAUUUUAGCUGUUAAUGGAGAGUGUCUGGAAGGCGUGACUCAUGAGCAAGCUGUAGCUAUUCUGAAACGCCAAAAAGGGACUGUAAAACUAACAGUGUUGUCAUAAGCUUUGCUGCACAUUCAGUCUGGGCUGGAUGCAAUUAUUUCUGAGCACUGCUAGAGCUGCUAUAAAACCCCCUUGAGUGAGAUGAAAACCCAACUGCAGCUAAAAUUAGUGCACAUUAAUCCUGUUGCCUGUGAGGUUUGCAUCAUUUGUAGAGGUUCAUUUUGUCCGGUCACUGAAAGUAAUUGUGAAAUCAUUUUGUCUACUAGUGCUUCCUUGAAUGUUCUUCCACUCCUCAACGUUGUUUCUGCUUUACUGGUAACUGCCAGCUACCAAUAGGAAGUAUAAUAACUUAAACUACUCUCACAUACACAAAAAGGGAUGUAACUCAUUGUUGGAUCCCAUAAGAUGGACAGAAAUAAAUGCUGAGUGACUUUUCAUCUCAUUCAUGGAAUGCUUAUGCUAAUUGUCUUUUCAACUGUGCCAGAAAACAUUAAAAUGUAAUUAAAUUACUACCAUUCCAAAUGAUGAAAUAACAAAUUCUCCUAUGGGAAAUUAAUUGUAUAUGAAAUUCUAAUGAUACAAUGCCCACCUCACUGAUUAAUAUUCUUGGGAUAGAUGUGUAUAUGUUACUGUUAAUUAUGAUAAGUCAAUUUUUCAGCCUCUCCUCAGUUUGCAUUGGUCAUGUGACAAUUUCUCUGGCUGUCUUAAAUUCUUUUGAUAGAUUGACAUGAGCCUCAUGAAAGCAUGUCUCAAGAGAGCUGGAUAGGUAAUAAAGGUGGUUUGUAGGAUUUAAAGCUUAACUCUGUGGAUGCUGCAGAAAGAACCUUGAUUUGGAAUAAGGCUAGCCAUUACGAUUUACAAUAAUAAUACAGAAACAGAAUACUACAGUAAAGAAAACAUGGUGGCUCUAAUAAUUCAUAGUUUUGCAGUACAGUGUCUCAUUAAUCAGCAAAGACACACAAUUUAUGUCCAAAGCGUGUAUCUGCUGGAUGUUUUACCAUAUGAAACAGAUAGAAUACAGUAACAUCUUAUCUGUCAGAAAUAAAUGAUAUAUGUGAAAUUGGUCAAAGUUGAGGAAGCGGUUAUCAAUGGAAAAGUGGCUGUCUUAUCUCAUCAAGAAUCUUGUCUUUAUUUGUUAUAUGUCCUGUGUUUGUAUCUAGCUAAUCACAAAGUGCAUUAAGCUAUUGGGAUACAUUGUAAGUAUUCCAUGAAUAGUGCCUGAAAGAAAGCUGUUUUAAAAGGUUUUUACCCAGUCUUCAGUGACAUUACUGAUGUUAAUGAUAUAAAUGUCCCAUGAAGAUUUCGUCAAGACAGGAGAUGUUCCCUUUGUCGAACGCUGAAGUUACAUUGCACGUAUAUACAUAUGUAACACGAAGGUGUGGCUCGUUAUAAAAUUGUUUUAAGGAUAGUGACCAAAAUUAUCUAUUCUAAUUGUACCGGCUUGGAUCCUAUGACAUUAUUCUCCUUAUGAUUCUCUCUAGCAACUGCAGGACUUGUCCUCUGCUAUGGCACUUGCUUCCUCUGCUGCUAGCACUUUUGUGUGUGGUUGGGGAUCCUCGAAGAACAUCGAUUUUGCACACACAAAAGUGCUGGCUGCAGGGGAAAGCAAGUGGCUGAAGGGAAGUGUGAAGGGAACAGUGAUAUAGGAUCUAAACAAUAAUUUAGACUGUUAUAAAAUAAUUUUAAAUUUGAUACAGGCAACUUUCCUCUCACGUUUAUGAUAUAAAGAAUGUAGAGCUUGUGUGCUGACCUAUUUUGCACUUCUCGUGACUCAAAUGAGAUUACGUGGUUGCUUCUCAUAAUUUGCACACUUUUCCUGUCACAUAUAGUACUGCCAAAAACUGCAUUGAAACCUACAAGUAAACUGGUGACAAUGUAGGGGAAGUAAGUUCUAUAUGAAAAUGAUCAAGGGUACAGUCCAGUGUGCAAGUCCAGUGAAAUGAAUGAAAAUGUAUUAAAGCAUGGUUGGACUUGAAUGGGGCAACUUCACAGUGGAUUAUGUGCCAGUCCUUUCAGCCUGCUUAAUGCUUUUCUGGGUACAUGGGCUUCAGGUUUGUUUAAUAAUGCUGCUGAUUUCUGUGAGAUAAGGAAAAUAGCAAUGAAAUAUACUAUAUGUUUAUGUAUAUCAGUAAAAUAAGAUAUUUUAUGAUUUCCAAAGAUUCAAAAUAAAAUUCACUUGCAUAAA